CGUCAGUCUAACACACUGAAGGUCUCCGGUUCGAGUCCGGGCGAAGCCAUAUCUGACAGUGUUCAACUGUUAUUUUUUCCUUUCUAUUUUCCUCCCAGCACAUAUCGAUUUUUUUUUUCUUACUAUUUCCUUGAUUUUCAAUUUCUGGGAAUUCAAUUCAUUUUAUUUUUAAUUUUCACUUUGAAUGAACAGAAAGAGGAGAUGGGUUUUCUGUCGCACAAAGUUGGGAGUGGCGACCUUGAAGCAGGGGACCAUAUCUAUACUUGGAGAACCGGAUUUAGUUAUUCACAUCAUGGCAUUUAUGUUGGUGGAAAGAAAGUUGUCCAUUUCACUCGCGAACAUAUUUCCUGUUUAGCCAGUGGUAUAUUUGCCACCUCCUUAAGUAUAAGUGUGUCUUCUUCCUUGUCGUCCCCUUCAUGUUCCGAAAGCUUACAAGAAUGUCCAAUGCCCGACUGUGGAUUUCGCCAAACUGGAAGUGGGGUCGUCCUUUCUUGUAUCGAUUGCUUCCUUGCUGGGGGAACACUGUACCGGUUUGAAUAUGGAAUCAGCCGACCUGCCUUCAUUGUUAAACUGCGAGGCGGGACAUGCACGACAGCAAACUCUGAUUCACCUGAUGUUGUUAUUCACCGAGCGGUGCAUCUACUUCAACAUGGAUUUGGAAGCUACAAUGUAUUUGAGAAUAAUUGUGAAGACUUUGCAUUGUACUGUAAAACUGGUCUUCUCGUCAAUGACAAAAUAACUCCUGGAAGGAGCGGACAAGUAUCUGGUCUCAUUUGUGCUCCUUUGGCAGGUAUUCUUUCUUCGCCUCUUCGGUUGUUAAUGUCGAACCCUGUCAGCAUAGCAGCUGCAGGAGUUGGAUUAUACACAAUGAGCCGAUAUGUUACGGACAUUGGUGUCAGAAGCGAUGUUAUCAGAGUGGAAGUAGAGGACAUGGUAUCAUCCCAUUGCUAUAAAGGUCCAAGAGAACCUAGCAAAGAUGCUCAAUGCCGUAAAAGGUUGCACGAUGUGGAAGAAAGGGACUUUCAGUCUUCUAAACGGCAAAUGUUUUGCUGAACAAAGAGCAGCAUAUGUCACAUCCUUUCACAAAGUUGAUAUUCUUCAUUGCUGUGAAAUUGUGGUAGGUUGUAACGAAGGAUUGAAAUCUUGUAAGUUCAAAAUGACGCGUUUGUCAGCGAAAAUAUCUUGAAUUUCAAGUUCAAAGAUUCUGAAUCAAAGUAAUUUAAGGUGGAGGGAAAGCUAUUUUUGUACAUUUCUACUGUCUUGAAUGCUUGCCAUCUCAUUCUUCAUCAAUUGAAAUAUCUGCUAUACAUCGAGUAAGACGCAGCUCCUGUUUAUUUGUAGCUUUCAAUUCUAAGCAUAGUUCAACAAUGUCAUUCAGAUUAUUCCCCAUUUUCAUUCCUCAAGAGU